AUGGCGUCCACGCCGCUCUCCGGACCCUCCGCUGUGCGAUCCCGCGGCUUGGCCCGAUCCCCGCUUCGGUCACCUCCGCAGGCCAAGGCUCCCCACGUCCCCCGCCAGGCACGCGCGGCCCUGGGGGCUGAUGGCCACCGCUCGGGGCGAUCUCGCUGCGCGGUGGGCGGGCAGAGCAGGCCGGGCACCUUCGGCGCCGAUCCCCUCCCCUCCUUCCGCCCAGCCCCGCGCCAUCCGCCCCCGCCCUGUGCCCAGGCAUCGCAGGGGGGGUUCAUGGCCGCCUUCACCGCCUUCAGCGAGUGGUACUCCCUCCUCUUCCCCCUCUGGCUGGCUGGCGGCGCGGUUGCGGCCGUCAUGCAGCCCGCCACCUUUUCAUGGCUCACGACCAAGUACUUCACCGCCGGGUUGGCCAUCCUCAUGUUCUCCAUGGGCGUCACGCUCACCUUUGAUGAUUUUAAGCGCGUGCUGCAGAAGCCUGGCCCCGUGGCGCUCAACUUUGCGGCCUGCUACGGCAUCAUGCCGAUCCUGGGGUAUGCCCUGGGGAAGGCGUUUGGCCUGUCCACAGCCUUUGUGGCUGGGCUGGUCCUGGUGGGGGCCACCAACGGGGGCCAGGCGUCGAAUCUGUGCACCUACAUCGCACGGGGGGACGUGGCCCUGUCGGUGCUCAUGACAACAUCCACCACGCUGGGGUGCAUCGUGAUGACGCCGCUGAUCUGCAAGCUGGCGCUGGGGGCGGUCAUCCCCGUGGACGCCAUCGGCAUAUCGAUCUCCACAGUGCAGGUGGUCCUCCUGCCCAUCAUCCUGGGUGCAAGUCUCAACCAAAUUGCCUUCAAGACCAUGCGCAAGAUAGAACCCUUCUGCCCCGUGGUGGGCGUGACAUCGACGAUCGUGCUCGUCGGCGCUGCUGUGGCCCAGUGCGCCGAGCCCAUCCUGAACGCGGGCCUUCCCCUUCAGAUUGUCUGCAUGCUCCUCCACCUGGUCGGUGGCAUCGCUGGCUACGCCGCCUGCAGGCUAUUCAACUGCUCAGAGAAGACAUCCCGUACGACGGCGAUCGAGACCGCGAUGAAGAGCUCCGCCUUCAGCUUCCUGCUGGCUUCCCUGCAUUUCGGCGAGUACAUGGUCCGCGUCCCAGCAGCGGUGUCAGUCGUGUGGAUGGCCAUCAUGGGUGCAACCCUGGCGGUCUUCUGGCGGGGCAAGCCAACAGAGGCAGAAGUUGCCUAG